AUGGGUAAAACAAAAAAGGGUCGUUCCUCCAGCUCCCCAGGUUCUUCCCCGGCGGACGACAGGGUUGACUUGGUUCAGCUUUUACCAGCUAAUAAUGUACCUCCAUCGGAAGAGGAAAUAAUUUCUUUUCUUUCCGCACGUUUUAAAGCUGACUUACCUUAUACUCGUAUUAAUGAUUCCUCUCUUGUGGUAAUAAACCCUAAUAAACCCUUGGAAUCUAUGAACGAUGCUUCGGCUAAAGAAUAUGCCGAUCAAUGGUACAAAAAUACAACUGGUGAAAAGAUAACUUUACAACCCCAUAUUUAUGAGUUAGCUGCUAAAGUUUAUUUUCACAUGAGAAGAUCCGCUGAAGACCAAUGUGUAAUUUUUAGUGGAAUUAAUGGUUCAGGGAAGACUGUAACCGAAAGUCACCUUUUAUCACAACUUUUACUACUUUCAACUCAUACAAAAAAAGAGGCAAAAAUCGCUAAUCAAAUUCAAAAUGCUCAAACUAUUUUAGAAGCCUUUGGUAACACAAAAUCAAUAAAUAAUAUUAAUGCUUCACGUUACGGAAAGUAUCUAGAGUUACAAUUUAGUGAAAGAGGAAGAAUUGUUGGUGCAAAGUUUUUAACUUACUGUUUCGAUAAAGCAAGAGUAACUGAUGCUCCUCUCGGUGAAAGAUCUUAUCACGUUUUUUAUUAUUUAUUGGCUGGUGCUACUCCUGAGGAACGUUCCCUAAUGCAUCUUCAAGAUCCUCAAAAUUAUUUUUAUUUAUCUCAAUCAAAAUGUUAUAAGAUUGUUGGUAUGGAUGAUAGUGUACAAAUGGAUGAUUUACGCGCUUCUCUUAAAACUCUCGGUUUCAAAUCAAAGACUGUUACUCAAAUUUGGCAAAUAUUAACGGCUAUUUUAUUACUGGGUAAUAUUGAAUUUAUUGGUCCUGGUAAAGCAAAAGAUGAAGCUGCUACUAUUAAAAAUCGUCACGUUUUGGAUUUGGCUGCUCAGUAUUUAGGUGUACCGGCUUUCAAAUUAGAACAAACUUUAACUUUAAAGAAUAAAUUAAUUGGAAAAGAUUUAUGUACCGUUUUCUUAGACGCUGAAGCUGCUGCUGAUCAAAGAGAUUCUUUAGCUCAAGUUUUAUAUUCUAUAUUAUUUACUUGGAUAGUUGAACAUAUCAAUUCAAAAUUAAUUCAAUCUGAUGAACCUCCUAAUUUCAUUGGUCUGUUAGAUCAACCUGGUUAUCAAAAUUCGGGAAAAAAUGGUUUUGAACAAUUCUGUCUUAAUUUUGCUACUGAAGAAAUUGAAAAUUACGUAUUAAAAAGACUUUUCGAUGAUAAUUUUGGUACUAAUGCUGAAAUUAUAAAUGAUGGUGUUCCUUUACCAAAUGUUUCUGUUACCUACAAUAAUCAUUGUGUUGAAUUAUUAAGAGGUAAUGGUUCUGAGGGAAAACCUCGUAGUUUCAUUUCAAUCUUGGAUUCUGAAAGUGCUAAAUUUCAAAAUGCUACUGAAACUGUCGGUGAUUCAACACUUCUUACUGCAUUAAAACAGGCCUUUUCUAGUCAUCAUUCUUUUGUUUCGAAUCCUUCUGGUUCGAAAUCAUCUUCAAAAUCGGGUGUUUUUGGAAUAAACCAUUUUGCUGGUUUGGUUGUUUAUGAUAUUGAUAGAUUUAUUGAAAAGAACAUUGAUAAUUUAUCUCCUGAUGUUAUCGGUCUCUUUAAAGAAACUAAUAAUACAUUUAUUAGAAAAUUAUUUUCCGGUCCUGCUUUGGCAAUUGAAAAUCAUCCAAAAAACGACAAAACUGUUGUUGCCGCUCAAUUACCUACUAAACCGAUGCGUGCUCCAAGUAUGAAGAGAUCAAAGAGAAAUAAUAAUACUUCAAAUGAAAAAGAAUCAAAAAAGAUACCAUUGGCUCAUGUUUCAACUGUCGCAACUCAACUUUAUGGAACAUUAAAUCAAUUGAUAGAUACUUUAAAUUCUACUCGAAUGUGGAAUGUUUUCCAAAUUCGUCCCAGUGAUAAAAGUGAUCCGAAUCUUUAUGAUUCUAAACGAGUAAAAUCUCAAGUUCAUAGUUUCUUGAUACCUGAAAUUGCUGCUCGUAAUAGAGUGGAAUAUAUCAUUAAAUAUAAUUUUGCUGAUUUUUUGGAUCGUUAUAAAUCAAUUAUCCAACCUCAUAAUUUGGAAUCUUCUCGAAAUCUUCGUCAAAAAGUUGAAGAAUUUGCUUUGAGUAAUGGAUGGGAGGAUGGUAGUUACGCUAUUGGGCAUCAAAAUGUUUAUUUAUCUAAUUCGGUCUGGAAAUAUUUGGAAGAUAUUCUAAAAACUGCUGAAAAAGAGGAAAGAUCAAAGACUAAACAAUUUAGAGAUGAUGAUAGUGUGGCCGGUGGAAUUCCUUUAGAUGGUGGUCGAAAUACACAUUUACCUAGUUCUACAAGUUCAGUGGAUCGGUUAAUACCGAGGAGUGGUUUCGCUUAUGCUGAGAGCAUGAAUAUUAUAAAGCAAAGUGUGAAUUUUUCACGCCAAGCCAUUCGUAUAUCAGGAC